AUGCCGUCCGAGAGGCUAGCUUUGGCGUGCCAGCUCGGCAUCCUGGUGGUGGAGCUCUGCGCCCCAUCAGUGGCAUCACUUGGCCCCCAGUGCAUCCCCGGCCAGCCUGGCUGGGCGCUUUGCAGUGCCUCCGACCUCCGGUCGCUUGUGGCAGCCACCGCCGCACCAUGGCUUGCGGACGUGCGAAAUGGCGCCACUGGCCGCCGCACCGGCUUCUUGCUGCAGAUCCUUCCUGCCGCGAUCGGGGCGAACGCCAGCCCCUUCGAGGGCAUCAACGAGGAAAAAGCAACCAUCUUCCAUCGAAAACGGUCGGUUGCGGCGUCGCCGCGACGGCACAGGAGGCGCCUCGAGUAUCCACAGGAGUGCGCGUGCACGGCCGGCCUCGGGGGGACCUCACCGCGGACGACGAGGCCGCUGCGCAGGAGGCUCUUGGAGUGGGUCUGGGAUGCAGUGGAGACCGAGGCGGCGGAGGGCACGGUGGAGUUGGCCGACGGCAGAAGUGCUCAGGCUGUCGCUGGGGCGCUCAACUGGCUUUCGGUCCGGACGAGGCCAGACAUCGCGCGCGCCGCAUCGAGGAUGUCAUCGCUCACGAAGCACUCCAAGGAGACGCACCAGCUGGCGAAGAAGGACGAGACCGACGUCACCUUCUACACGGACGCUAGCUUCGCGAGAGUCCAGGACCAGUUCGCAGGAAGGUGGUGUUCGGCCGUGUGGGCGGAGCCGCACUUCGGGAGCGUAGACGUCUCGGACAUCCCGUGCGCUUCUGCGUCUUCUGGCCGCCGCCUCCCAGCUCACCGGACGCCGGGGCGCGCACGGCGGCGCUGCGCAGGGCGAGGCCCGCCCGCUCCCGCGGGGCCCCGGCCUCGGCGGAUCUGCCCGGGGGACGGCGCGGCCCUCGGCGCCGCGAACCUCACCACGGGCGCGGACUUCCCGGCCGUGGACGCGGACGAGGAGCUCCUGCAGCUGGGGAGGGUGAGGGAGUAUUUAGACAACCACACUUUUGAGGCGAACCAGCACCUGUACGAGGAGGCCUUCGAGGCACUGCAGAGGCUGAGCGAGCUGAAGGCGCAAGAUAUCUUCGCGUUCCGUGAGACGUGGACGGACCUCGACACUGAGCUGUUGCGGGGGCUCGACGAAGGCGCCGACGGCUUCGUGCCCGGCGGCGAGCUGACCACCGAGGCCUUCGCGGCGCGGCUGCCCAGCAUCGAGGACGACGGGAAGGGGACCUCCCUGUCGGAGGCCAAGAGGUUGACACCAGCACCCAUAUUGGACGCGUGCCUCCACUGA